AUAUUAUUAAAGUAAAUGUUUUUAUUUCAGGUGGGUGCCAUUAUCGGUAGACAAGGUUCAACAAUUAGACAAAUUACUCAACAAACGAGAGCGCGCGUGGACGUUCAUCGUAAAGACAACGUCGGAUCGCUAGAAAAAGCCAUAACGAUUUACGGAAAUCCCGAAAACUGCACAAACGCUUGUAAACAUAUCCUCGAAGUUAUGCAACAAGAGGCCAAUAACACGAACAAAGGAGAUAUCUGUUUGAAAAUUCUUGCGCAUAAUAACUUAAUCGGUCGGAUAAUAGGCAAGGGUGGUAACACAAUUAAACGGAUCAUGCAAGAGACUGAUACCAAAAUAACUGUAUCAAGUAUUAACGAUAUAAGUUCGUUUAAUCUAGAACGCAUCAUUACCGUGAAAGGCACGAUCGAGAACAUGAGCAAGGCCGAGGCUCAAAUUAGUGCAAAACUGCGGCAAAGUUACGAAAAUGACCUACAGGCCAUGGCACCUCAGACAAUGAUGUUCCCUGGCUUACAUCCAAUGGCCAUGAUGGCCACAGCAGGCAUCGGAUAUGGUUCACGGGGUCUGUACGCAGGACAGGCGCCGUAUCCGGGCAUUUAUCCUGCAGGUGCUCCUACAGGAGCUGUUGAGACUCCGGAAACAACUUAUCUGUAUAUACCGAACAAUGCAGUGGGAGCGAUAAUCGGCACCAAAGGAUCACAUAUCCGUAACAUUAUUCGAUUCUCUGGGGCCUCUGUUAAGAUAGCUCCUCUUGACGAAAGCCGUCCCCAAGACGCGCAAGCUGAAAGAAAAGUCACCAUUGUUGGAUCACCCGAAGCACAAUGGAAAGCUCAGUAUUUAAUUUUCGAGAAGAUGCGUGAGGAAGGAUUUGUAGCUGGGGCGGACGAUGUCAGAUUGACGGUGGAAAUAAUGGUUCCUAGUUCUCAGGUCGGCCGUAUAAUUGGUAAGGGAGGGCAGAAUGUACGUGAACUGCAACGUGUUACUGGUAGUGUUAUAAAGCUUCCGGAACAGGGAGCUGCCGCGGCAACUGAAGACGAAACCACUGUUCAUAUUAUCGGACCCUUCUUUAGCGUUCAGUCGGCGCAACGUCGAAUAAGGGCGAUGGUAUUACAGUCAGCUGCUCCUCCUACUGGCCGACAACGUUCCCGAUCGGCGGCACCUAAGGAGCAAGUGAGUCAGUCGUCGGAUGCGCCGUCGCAAGCUCAGCCUUAACAUAAAUACACUGCCAACUGCCUCAUGCAUGCGUUUAUGCAUACCUUAUUGUACAUAACAUCUCGAGGCCUUCCACUAGCGCAAUAUUAUCCUUCCAACCGUAGUAGUCAAGUGUGAGAAAACGCGAGUCGCAGAACUUCUUGUGAAUAUCGUCGUCGUAAUUUACCUCAUAAAUAUAAUA